CUUAAAGCUGCUGGGGCUGCUAAGGGAGAUCGUGCAGGUUGCUGUGGUCGGGCGGAGUUGGACGGGAUCCCCCCCCUCCCCUUUUUCUUCUUCCUCCUCCUCCUCUUUGCACAUCUGAGGGCGGCAGCGGGGCCGGCUCCCCCCUCCCGGAGGUCGCCUUUGUUUUCCCCGUGUCGCUCUCCCGAGCAGCCGGGGGGGCGGGAGGGGGCCGGGCUGGGCUGGACCGGUCCGGCCGCCCCUUCUCCCCGCCCCGCCGGAGCCCGCGGAGUUGGUGCGGGGUUCCCCCGGGCGGCACUUUGCCCCCCGCCCCGGGGCUGAGCAGCCGCCGCCCCCCGGGACCCCCAUGGCACCGCCGCGAUGUUCGUGUCCCGGGUCCUGGAUUUCCAGAAGACGCGCUACGCCAGCCAGUGUUGGAUAUCAGCCUGACGUGAUUCCUUGGCACAGCUCGCUAUGGCCAGCUUCAUGAGGUAGCAGCCAACACGAUGCAUGGGAAAUUCAAGCCACUGCCCAGCGCAGCAGGUUCAUGAAUCACCGUGUCCCAUCCAACUGCAGGUACCAGCCGACGGAGUACGAGCACGCAGCAAACUGUGCCACCCAUGCAUUCUGGAUCCUGCCCAGCAUCCUCGGCAGCUCCAUCCUCUAUAUCCUCUCCGAUGACCAGUGGGAAACCAUCUCAGCCUGGAUCUAUGGCUUUGGCUUGUCCAGCCUUUUCAUCGUCUCCACCAUCUUCCACACCAUCUCCUGGAAGAAGAGGCAUCUCAGAACUGUGGAGCACUGCUUGCACAUGUUCGACAGGAUGGUGAUCUACUUCUUCAUUGCGGCAUCAUACGCUCCCUGGCUGAACCUGCGGGAGUUGGGUCCCUGGGCCUCCCACAUGCGGUGGAUCAUCUGGAUCAUGGCGUCUAUCGGGACCGUCUACGUUUUCUUCUUCCAUGAGCGGUACAAGCUGGUGGAGCUGGUGUGCUACGUUAUCAUGGGCUUCUUCCCCGCCUUGGUCAUUCUCUCCAUGCCCAACAGGGACGGCCUCCCGGAGCUGGUGGCCGGUGGACUCUCCUACUGCCUGGGCAUGGUCUUCUUCAAAAGCGACGGCCGCAUCCCCUUUGCCCAUGCCAUCUGGCACCUCUUUGUGGCCAUUGGAGCUGGCAUCCACUACUAUGCCAUUUGGAGGUACCUCUACCGGCCUGGCACGCUGGAGGCUAAAACAUCCCGGUAGACACCCUAAAGACAUUGUUUGCACCAACUGGCACAUGGGGGCAUGGAGGGGAGCAGGGAGGCAGCCUGCACCGUGGGCUCGCCCCAAACCACCCACUCGCCCCAUGGACAGCAGCCGCCAGUGCCCUUUCCGCAGGGACAGGAGAGCCUGGAGGCUGAUUUUAAACAGAUUUUUCUUUUUUAACCUUGGGAACUGUUUAUUUUUUUAGGCAAAGGUUUUGUAACACGGUGACCGACCAAUGGGUUGUGGGUGAUAGGGGAGCAACUGCUCGCUGGGGAGCUUGGGGGGGCUUUGCUCACCCUCCCAACCCCAAGCAUCUUGCGGGAGCAGGGGCCCUGGCCCUGCACACCCCUGGCUAGUGACACCCUGGGUUUGGCUACCAGAACUCUUAGCAUGGGCCACCCAAGGGGGCUGUAGGUGUUGGGGCAGGGGGAGAGACUCGUCCCGUUUCCCCUGGGAUACCUGGGCAUGCGGCUGCCCCAGCUGGGAGGGGGGGCACGCUGGCACCCGCCCACCAUCCGAACUUGGCUCCUAAAUGGCCCUAAGUCAUGUCAGCAUUAACCACCCCCUCCCACGUUGUUGAUGGGAAGGUCCAGAGUCAACAAAGCCUUACAUGGGGUUGCAACUUGAAUCUCCUCCGGGGCUCUGGAAAACCCUUUCUCUAAGCCAAUAUGAAGUGCACAACUCCAUGUCUCCCCUAGACAAGCCCUCGGAGCCCCCACGGCUAUUUUCUCCUUGAGGCGCUUUGUUUUCCUCUGGUCCUGGUGAUGGCGGCAGCCCCGAAUCAUGGCCCCGCUCCCGGGCUCUGCCGUGCAUGUGCCUUUGCCUGGCGGAGAGCAGAGCGGGGAUCCGGGUCCCGGCAUCCACCUGGCUGGGGCCAGCCCAUCCGCGUCAGGGGAUUUUCUUUCUCCUUGAGGGAGGGAAGUGAACCUCCUUGGACUGGGAUGACCGGGCUGCCUGUCUUCUCUGCUCCCAUUUUGAUGAUGAGCCUCUUGCUCAGUAUCAGAUUUAAAUCCACUUUUGGGAGGAUUUCCAACAUUCCCGGGAAUGCCACAGGGAAGGGACACAUCCGUGUGAUGCUCAGAGGUGAGCUGUGAUGGGGAGGUCCUAGCUGGUUUUUAAAUCCCUAACCAUGGCUACGCGGUGCUCUCCAAGGGAGGAUAACGGGACAUGGAGUGCCUGCCCAGGCAUCAGGAGCAGCCCCGAUGCUGCUGGAAUGGGAAACCCACACCCGGUCCCACUCCCCAAACACACCAGUAUUGCUCCUGGAGCUGGGAGGGUCUGGUGCAUGCCGGGCUCUGGUGUAUGCCGGGGUCUGUGCCGGGAGCCAGCCGGCAGAGCAGCGCUGCUCUCAGCCCUGCCUGGACCUUCCCCAGGAGACCCUGAGGACAUCGAUUUCCCAUCAUCUCUUUGGCCUCUUGAUUAAUUGCAACUGCAGCAGUCUCAGUGCAACGUGGCAAGCAAAAGAGAUUUAUGGCCACCAUCCCACAUCUCCUGUUUCUCCGGCAGUGUGCCAAGGAGCCGAGCUCCUGGCUCUGACCCACCUCCCGCAGAGCUUAGGGUCCCCCCCCAGCCUGCGGUACCCCAGGACCAGCUCUCCAGGGCCGUGCCAUUUGCAGCAAAUUACCAAAGAGAAGCAGCCAGAUACUCUUCCCCUCCUGACAUGGUGGCUGUGGUCACCAGGUUGGCAAAAAAACCCAGUGGGUUUUUACUUCCGUAGGCAGAGGCUUCCUACGAGGAUCCUCGGGUGCUGUGCCUGGCACCCUAGCCUGGCAUGGGGCUGCUAGGGGGUCUCUGCCCAGGGUACCCCAAAGCAGCCUUUAGGCUGGGACACCUCUUGGGGUGGUCUUAGGGACAGGGGCUGAAUGACCCAAUGUAAGCCCGGUCUCUGCUGCUGCCUCUCCCAGGCUCCCAGGACGCAGCCCUUCUCUGUCACUUACCGCAGAUGGAGGGGUGGAGAAGGACAAUCUGUGAGUAACCAGCAGUUGGUGGAGCAUGUCUGGGGUUGGAAUAGCGGGAUAUGGGGUCCCAAAGCAGGAGGUGCCAUUUUUCCUGUCUGGCAAGUCAUUACCCGACUCUGUGCCUCAGUUUCCCCAUCUUUAAAAUGGGGGUGAAGACACCGACCUACCUUACAGGGCUCGUGUGAGGACCCUGUGAAGCACUUGGAGGACAAACAGUGCUUUGCAAAUAUGCACUUCAAUUUUCACCGAGUCUGGGGCACUGGAUCCCCAGAGCCCCCGUGGGGCACGGUGGCAACUGCGGCUCAGCGUGCCCAGAUCUCCUCCCCUUCCAUCACUAAAUCCCAUGGGGGAACCACCCUGGGGACAGACCAUGCACACAGCAUUCCCAGCCGCUGGGCAAACAUCCCCUGGCAGGGGCUGAGGAUGCCCAGGGACCACCAUUGUGUUUUGUCCGCAGGCUUCAUCCCAAGGGAUUUAUCUCAGAAGCCAUUUCGCCACUGGGGGCUUCGGGCCCUAAAUCCAUCCCGGGGGGGCCCGAGGCACAGGGAGGUGCUAGAAGGACCUUUCUGAGGCCACUUCAUCUUAGUCUCCUGCUGAAAAAAACAGGGCAGGGCAGAUGCCUGGGUGGGAAUGGGUGGCCAGGCUCUGCUGGGGACAUUGCCACCCUGCCUUGAGCCCAGAUUUGCUGAGAGGGCUUCUCUGUAAUUGAGAAGUCCCCCCUCUUCUCUUGUUCCCUAAGUCCUUCCCUUGCAAAGCAGGGUAGGAGACACAGAGCAGGUUAUCAGAUUGUCCUCCUAUUUUAUACUAAUUUUAAACAACAUGUAACAUUCAGGAUGUCUGUGGAGGAGGGUUUGAGGGAUCUUUUUAGUAUUUCGUAUUUUUCACCAUCCAUUCUUGUUCAAUCAGUAUUUUAUAUUUAACACAGUAUUGGGUGAAAUUAAAAACAAAUGUAAGGAAGAUAAUGCUAGCGAAUAUUGUUUCCUGUGGAAUAGGAUUGAAAUAAAAACUCAA